AUGGCAUCUCCAACCAACGGAGAGACGUCCUAUUUCGCGCCCAUCACAAACGGCGAUACCUCGGCGCAAGAAAAGCACCCCAAUGAUCUUCCCGAUUUGGAGCUCAAUCCUGUGAAGAGCGCUCACCUUGUCAACGACAUAGUCCACUGCUUCGCCUGGAACAAUCUCCGCGUGGAUGUGAAGGACCGAGCUACCAAGAAGCCCUUGUCCAUCCUCACCGACUCCAAAGGCAUUGUCCAUGGCGGCGAAAUGCUUGCAAUCAUGGGUCCAAGCGGCUCCGGCAAGACUACUUUGCUUAACGCUGUCGCACAUAGAGUCGCAGCAGCGGGAGCAACUACCACCGGAGACAUCCUCGCCAACGGGCAGAAGAUCAGCUGGCAGAAGCUACGACAGCUUUCCAGCUACGUCGAGCAAGAGGAUGCCUUGAUUGGCAGUUUGACGGUGCGCGAGACCAUGCAGUUCGCUGCUGGCCUUGCACUCUCCAGCAAGACAAGCAAGACGGAACGAAUGCGGCGUGUGGACGAUCUCAUUGCGAGCUUUGGUCUGCAAGAGCAGAAGCACACAAUCGUCGGCACUCCCAUCAAGAAAGGCCUCAGCGGAGGCCAGAAGAAGCGUCUUGGUGUCGCCAGCCGCCUUGUAACCGACCCCAAGAUCCUCUUUCUUGACGAGCCUACUAGCGGACUGGACUCAACUCUCAGCUUCGAGGUCAUCAGUUACAUCAAGGAAAUUGCAAGGCGACACAACCUUAUCAUCAUUGCUUCGAUCCAUCAGCCGUCCACGUCGACCUUCAAGUUAUUCGACAAGGUAGCUCUUUUGUCGAAAGGCAAGAUGUGCUACUUUGGUCCGCUCCCAGCAGCGCACGGCUACUUCUCCAGCAUCGGAUACGACAUGCCGCCAGAGACUAAUCCCGCCGAAUUCUACCUCGAUCUCAUCAAUACCGACUUGGCUAAAGAAGGCGACAAUGUCUACGCUCGUGUGCAGGACAUCACCCAGAAGUGGGCCGAAUGCGGACCCGCUCAACGUGUUGAGACGGAGAUCGAGAAGGCCAUCGCUGCUGCGAAGACGUCGGCACACAUCCCAGACCUUACGAAGCUCAAGCCGGAUAAGCCUAGCCUAAUGGCUAUCCCGGUCGUACUGCUGCAGCGCUCGUGGAUCAAGGCAUAUCGCGACAUCGUCGCAUACUGGAUUCGUAUCUUCAUGUACCUCGGUUUGGCUAUCUUAAUGGGCACAGUGUUCCUGCGGCUUUCCCAUACUCAAGAAGACAUCCAACCCUACAUCAACGCGAUAUUCUUCGGAUCAGCCUUCAUGUCGUUCAUGGCCGUCGCCUACGUCCCCGCCUUCCUAGAGGACCUCCACACAUACCAAAAGGAGCAUGCGAAUGGCCUAGUAGGCCCCCUCUCAUUCAGCGUCGCCAACUUCUUCAUCGGCCUCCCCUUCCUCUUUCUCAUCACAGUCCUUUUCUCCAUUCCAGCUUAUUUCCUCAUCAACUUCCGCCAAGACGGCAGCGCAUUCUUCUGGUUCGUCCUCUGGCUGUUCCUCGACCUAGUCGCCGCCGAAGCACUCGUCGUAUUCAUCAGUGUCAUAUUCCCCGUCUUCGUCGUCUCGCUCGCGCUUACUGCCUUCAUCAACGGCCUCUGGAUGUGCGUCGACGGCUUCCUCGUCCCCAUGAACGUCCUCAACCCCUUCUGGAAGUACGUCUUCCACUAUAUCGACUACCAGGCCUAUGUAUUCCAGGGCAUGAUGGUCAACGAGUUCAAGACGGAGAUAUACGACUGUGCUCGCGCGGCGAACGGCGAGUUCCAUUGCAUGUAUCCGAGCGAUUUGAAUGCGGAGGGCAAGAUUCGCGGGACGGCCAUUCUGGAGAAUUUCAGGAUUAGCAUGCAUGAGGGGCAGUGGAUUGGCAUUACUAUUGCCAUCAUCGCUGGAUAUCGCAUCUUGGCUUACCUGGUGCUCAGGCUGCGCCAUUAG